AUGUCAUCCCAAGACACUGAUCAGGGGAGGCGAGGGCUGAAGGCAGGUGCAGAAGCAGCAGAGGGGGAGGCGGUGGAGGGAGGAGAGGAGAACAGGAGAGAAGGAACGGGGGAAGAAUCGAGUGAGGGAGAGAGUGUGAAGGAAGACGGGAGGGGAAUCGGAGAGGGAGAGGGGGGGAGUGCGGUGGGGGAGGGGGGGGUGACAAAGGGUAUGGGUGCUGGGGGAUGGAGAGGGGUGGUGGUGGGAAGAGGGAGGGAGGAGAGGAUGAGGGUGGUGGUGGCGCCUCAUGUGAACCCGGAGCAUGCCCGCAUGCUGGAAGGACUGAAGGAGCUUCAGGUGAUAGAUGCUGACGUGGCACCAGCUGGCAUAUGCACGAGGAGGGAGUUUGCCACGUGGCUGAUGGCUUUCAGUGAGAAGCUCUCAGCCUCGCCCACCGAUAGGGUGUAUCCCGCCAUGUUUAUAGAGGGGAUAUCGGAGCAAGCCUAUGCUGACGUGGCACCCGAUGACCAGGACUUCGCCGCCAUUCAAGGUGACAACCCUUGUAUCACGGUGUUUCAUUCACCCCCCAUCCCUCUCCCAUGUCAAUUCCUCAUCUUUUCCAUCCCAUCGUGCACUCCUAUCCCAUCCCUCCUCUCCUCUGCCAUCCCAUCGUGCACUCCUAUCCCAUCCCUCCUCUCCUCUGCCAUCCCAUCGUGCACUCCUAUCCCAUCCCUCCUCUCCUCUGCCAUCCCAUCGUGCACUCCUAUCCCAUCCCUCCUCUCCUCUGCCAUCCCAUCGUGCACUCCUAUCCCAUCCCUCCUCUCCUCUGCCAUCCCAUCGUGCACUCCUAUCCCAUCCCUCCUCUCCUCUGCCAUCCCAUCGUGCACUCCUAUCCCAUCCCUCCUCUCCUCAGCCAUCCCAUCGUGCACUCCUAUCCCAUCCCUCCUCUCCUCUGCCAUCCCAUCGUGCACUCCUAUCCCAUCCCUCCUCUCCUCUGCCAUCCCAUCGUGCACUCCGGGAUCUUAUUCUCUGAUUCCUGCUAUUCUUUCCGUACCUCUCGCACAGGAUCUGCUGACGUGGCGCUUUGCUCUGGAGUAUUCCCACCUCCCGCCGCCCGACCUUGCCGCCCUGCGCCACACAUGCGGGCUCAUUGACGCCGCCCGAAUCUCCCCUGCCGCCCAAAGAGCCGUCUCUUUUGAUCUCCUGCAUCACAGGGGGGGCAUGGAGCACCAACCAGAGGGGGAAGAGGAGGGUUGGGGGCAGGCCGGGGGUAAGGGGCUGGGGGAGGGGCAGGGGAGGGGGCAAGAUUUCAAAUCUGCUACUAAUGCGGCUGUUAUUCCCUUGGUGUUCGGUAAUGUUCGUCGGUUUGACCCCUUAAAGCCUGUUACGCACGCGCAGGCUGCUGCGGCGCUCACGUUCGGCCGAACCUAUGAGACGGUGAACGAGGCUGCGGUUCGGGUGGAGGUGGCGGAAGCUCGGAAGGAAGCUGACGUGGCGAGGCAGGAGGCUGAGUCAGCAAAGCGGGAAGCAGCACAAUUGGCCGAGGAGAUGGAGAGAGUGAGAAGAGAGGAGGAGGAGGGAGUGAGGAGGGAGAGGGAAGAGCGUGAGUGUGUGGAGAGGGAAAGGGACUCACUGAGGGAAGAGGUAGAGAGAUUUAGAGCUGAGGCUGGAAGGUAUAGCAGCAGUGGAGAUGAUGAGGGUGGAGGGAAAGUUAGUACUGCAAGUGGGGGGCUGGAAGGAGAGGAGACAGAAGGGGCGAGUGGGGUGGCAGGCGAAGGGGAGCAAGGUUUCGGCAGCAAGAGGGAGGCAGGAGGAGGAGGAGGUGCGGGUGUGGAAGGUAGCGCUUCUGAUGGGACGGAGGAGGGCAGCAUCCAAGAACCUGCUAUUCUCCCCCCGGGCUGGUGGGCGGAGUUGAUUCAACAGAGAGCAGAGGAGGCGAAACACGGCGCUGCCAAGAAUCUGGUAAAAAUCAAAGAGCGUUCUGCUGACGUGGCGUCCAGCCUGGCUGCCAGCGUGGCGGACGGCAGCUUGCAGCGGUCGUUGAGUAAAAGGGCCGAGGAAGCUGCCAGGAAGGUGCGGGGGCUACAGGGUGCUGAUCUGAAGGAAGGUGCGAGGAUGGUGCGGGAGCAAGUGGGAGGGGAGGUGGCGAGGAGGAUCGAGGGAGUGAGGGAGGUAGGGGAGAGGAUGGUGUCAAUGGGGAGGGAGGAGGCAAGUAGAAUGGUGAGGGUGGGUAAAGGGGUGAUGGACAGGGGGGUGAGGGAGAUACGGGAGAAAGCAGGGUACAGGUGGGCUGCUGGGAGGGCUGCUGGGAAGGCUGGCAGCAGGGGUUCUGUUGGCUCUGCUACUGCUGCUGCUGGUGCUGGUGGUGGUGGUGUGAAGAAGCAGUGA